AUGGUGAUGUCAAUCAUAAUGACUCCUCCCUCUCUGAUCUUUCUCCUCAUGAUUCACGGAGUUUAUAGUGCUGAUGAUAGUUGGAGUGUCACUUACAGCUCUUCACACAUCUGUGCACUAAAGGACUCAACAGUGACAAUAAACUGUAGUUAUAAGUACCCUACUGGACAUAAGAUCAAAGAAGUGUUCUGGACCAACAUUGCUGUUAGAGGUAAAGAUUCUCCAGAUCUGUCUAAGGACUCUGAAUACAGUGAGAGGAUUCGGUUUCUGGGAGAUAAACAGCACAACUGCAGAGUCAGACUGACUGAUGUGAGACACACAGAUUCACACGAGUACUAUUUUAGAUUCAUCACUGAUAAAGAUAAAGGGAAAUGGAUCGGUAAACCUGGAGUGACUCUUGAUGUCACAGAUCUUCAGGUGGAGUCUGAAUGUGAGAGAGUGAUGGUGGGACAUUCAGUGACUCUGACAUGUAAAAGCAGAUGCAGUCUGACUGACACAUCAACAUUCAUCUGGUUUAGAAACACACAGACAUUAAAUGACACAAACAAGAAACUCAUCCUGCCGUCAGUUAGAAGAGAGAAUGCAGGUGACUAUAGCUGUGCUGUACAGGGACACAAUCUCACAUCACCUCCUCGACGUCUCAAUGUCAUCUAUCCUCCAGAUAAACCUGUGAUCUCCAUCAGUUCUUCUGGUGUAAUAGUGGAGGGUGAUUCAGUGAAUCUGACCUGCAGCAGUGAAUCAAAUCCACCUGUUCACAUCUACAGCUGGUUUAAAGAGAAUCAAACAUCAUCUGUUGGAUCUGGACAGACGUUCAGCAUCAGUAACUUUAAUUCAAGUCUCAGUGGAUGGUUUUACUGUGUGGCUCAGAAUGAAGUUGGAUCUCAGAGAUCAGAUGCUGUAUCAGUCACUCUUAAAGGAGGAAAUGACAGAGUUCUGUAUGUGGUUGCUGGUGUCACAGCUGGAUGUGGAGGUUUAAUCUUCAUUCUCUUCUUUGUUUUUGUGUGGAAGUGCAAACAUAGACCUGAUGACAUCAGACACACGCAGGACGAUAUUUAUUCCACUGUAACAACAAAAGUCUCAGAGACUGAAUUCAGAGACACUGAAGAGAUUCAGUACGCUACUGUCCAUCAUCUUAAAGACAUGAAGACAUCAGAAGAGACUGAAGAUGAGAAUUCUGCAGUUCAACAGCAUGAUGCGGCUGAGAGAUCUGAUGUUCAAAUGAUAGAGGAUCAGUCUGGUGCGAAGUUUGUGCCAAACCUGUCCCUAUCUAUUCUCUUCACUGGAGCUGAGUGCCGAAGGCGGGUGGAGUUUGGUGUGGUGGUGUUCCCCACCAGUGCUGUGGUGUGUGUGUGCGCGUGUGUACCCCGGUGUAUCCAGUGUGAGUGGCUCCAUUUUGUGGUCAAUUGGCGUCAGGUCACAACUGGUUGUGUUGUUUCUAUGGUGAUGUCAGUCAGAAUGGCUCCUCCUCUUCCUCUGAUUCUUCUUCUCAUGAUUCAAGGAGUUUGUUGUCAGAAUGGUUGGGUUGUGACUUACAGCUCUUCACACAUCUGUGCACUAAAGAGCUCAACAGUGACUAUAAACUGUAGUUAUAAAUACCCUACUGGACAUAAGAUCACAGAAGUGUUCUGGACCAACACUACUGAUAUACCAAAAGAUCAAGAUUUUCCAGAUCUGUUUAAGGACUCUGAAUACAGUGAGAGGAUUCAGUAUCUGGGAGAUAAACAGCACGACUGCAGCGUCAGACUGACUGAUGUGAGACACACAGAUUCACACGAGUACUAUUUCAGAUUCAUCACUGAUAAAGAGAAAUGGAUCGGUGCACCUGGAGUGACUCUUGAUGUCACAGAUCUUCAGGUGGAGUCUGAAGUUGAGAGAGUGAUGGUGGGACAUUCAGUGAAUCUGACAUGUAAAAGCAGAUGCAGUCUGACUGACACAUCAACAUUCAUCUGGUUUAGAAACACACAGACAUUAAAUGACACAAACAAGAAACUCAUCCUGCCGUCAGUUAGAAGAGAGAAUGCAGGUGACUAUAGAUGUGCUGUACAGGGACACAAUCUCACAUCACCUCCUCGACGUCUCAAUGUCAUCUAUCCUCCAGGUAAACCUGUGAUCUCCAUCAGUUCUUCUGGUGUAAUAGUGGAGGGUGAUUCAGUGAAUCUGACCUGCAGCAAUCCUCCAAGGAACGUCUCAGCAUCCAUCAGUUCUUCUGGUGUAAUAGUGGAGGGUGAUUCAGUGAAUCUGACCUGCAGCAGUGAAUCAAAUCCACCUGCGAAUAUCAGCUGGUUUAAAGAGGAAACAUCUGUAGGAUCUGGAAACAUCUUCAUCAUCUCAAACAUCAGAUCUGAUCACAGUGGACAAUACAAGUGCAAGACUGAAAAUGAACUUGGACAGAAAAAUUCAACAGUGACCUUAAAUGUUUUAUAUCCUCCAAGAAACGUCUCAGCAUCCAUCAGUUCUUCUGGUGUAAUAGUUGAGGGUGAUUCAGUGAAUCUGACCUGCAGCAGUGAAUCAAAUCCACCUGUUCACAUCUACAGCUGGUUUAAAGAGAAUCAAACAUCAUCUGUUGGAUCUGGACAGACGUUCAGCAUCAGUAACUUUAAUUCAAGUCUCAGUGGAUGGUUUUACUGUGUGACUCAGAAUGAAGUUGGAUCUCAGAGAUCAGCUGCUGUUUCAGUCUCUGUUAAAGGAGGAGGAAAUGUUCUGUAUGUGGUGGCUGGAGUAACAGCUGGAUGUGGAGGUUUAAUCUUCAUUCUCAUAGUUGUGUUUGUGUGGAAGUGCAAACACAGACCUGAUGACAUCAGACACACGCAGGAUGAUAUUUAUUCCACUGUAACAAAUAAAGAUUUAGUGCCUGAAUCCAAAGAUACAGAAGAGAUUCAUUACGCAACAGUCCAUUUUCUCAGAUUCAAAGACAUGAAGACAUCAGAAGAGACUGAAGACAUCUAUGAGAAUUCAACACCUCAACAGCAUGAUGCGUCUGAGGGAUCUGAUGUUCACAUGACGGAGGAUCAGUCAGUGAUUUACAGUGUGACAAAGGUGAUGUCAAUCAUUAUGACUCCUCCCAUUCUGAUCUUUCUCUUCAUGAAUCACGCAAAGAGCGCAACAGUGACAGUAAACUGUAAAUACCCUACUGGACAUACGAUCACAGAAAUGUUCUGGACUACCAAGUUAACGGGAACAGGUAAAGAACCUCCAGAUCUGUUUAAUGACUCUGAAUACAGUGACAGGAUUCAGUAUCUGGGAGAUAAACAGCACGACUGCAGCGUCAGACUGACUGAUAUCGAUGACAGCUGUAAUGAUUCAGACUCGAGUUCUCCUGACUAUGAGAAUUUUACCGUAUUAAAAUGUCAAGCAUGUGACGUCACCGUCAGCUGUGUGGCUAUGGUGAUGUCAAUCAUAAUGACUCCUCCCCCUCUGAUCUUCAUCCUCAUGAUUCACGUUUAUAGUGAUGAUGGUUGGGGUGUGACUUACAGCUCUUCACACAUCUGUGCACUAAAGAACUCAACAGUGAAGAUAAACUGCACUUACACAUACCCUACUGGAUAUAAGAUCACAGAAGUGUUCUGGACCAACACUAACAGUUCUGCUACUCCAAAUCUGUUUAAUGACUCUAAAUACAAAGAGAGGAUUCAGUAUCUGGGAGAUAAACAGCACGACUGCAGCGUCAGACUGACUGAUGUGAGACACACAGAUUCACACAAGUACUAUUUCAGAUUCAUCACUCGAUAUACCUGGGAAUGGACUGGUGCACCUGGAGUUACUCUUAAUAUCACAGAUCUUCAGGUGGAGUCUGAACGUGAGAGAGUGAUGGAGGGACAUUCAGUGACUCUGACAUGUAAAAGCAGAUGCAGUCUGACUGACACAUCAACAUUCAUCUGGUUUAGAAACACACAGACAUUAAAUGACACAAACAAGAAACUCAUCCUGCCGUCAGUUAGAAGAGAGAAUGCAGGUGAAUAUAGCUGUGCUGUACAGGGACACAAACUCACAUCACCUCCUCGACGUCUCAAUGUCAUCUAUCCUCCAGAUAAACCUGUGAUCUCCAUCAGUUCUUCUGGUGUAAUAGUGGAGGGUGAUUCAGUGAAUCUGACCUGCAGCAGUGAAUCAAAUCCACCUGUUCACAUCUACAGCUGGUUUAAAGAGAAUCAAACAUCAUCUGUUGGAUCUGGACAGACGUUCAGCAUCAGUAACUUUAGUUCAAGUCUCAGUGGAUGGUUUUAUUGUGUGGCUCAGAAUGAAGUUGGAUGUCAGAGAUCAGCUGCUGUUUCACUCACUGUUAAAGGAAAUGUGAUGCUUUACACAAUAAUCGGAGGAGUUUUGGUUUUUGGAGUUGCAGUUAUUCUGUUGUUGCUUGUUUGGAGAAUCAGGUGGAUGAAACUGAGAAAUAACUCGCAGUCACAGAUCGAUGAUCAUAAUCCUCCUCAUAACAGCAAUAAAACAUCUGAUCCUGUGUAUGGAAAUGUAACGAUUGCUGGUGACGGUGGUGAUGAUUCUGACUCAAGUUUUCCUGAUUAUGAGAAUGUUACAAUUGCUGGUGAUGGCAGUGAUGAUUCUGACUCAAGUUGUCCUGACUAUGAGAAUGUUACAGAAAGUUUCUGACCUUGAACUCAUUUUGAUAGUCAGACUAUUUAUUUAUUUUACAUCAUUUCUUAUUAACUUGUUGAAUAUUUUGCUCACUCAUUAUAACUGAACAAAAUGAUGCACAAGAGGCCAAUAAAAACACAUUAAAAGCUUUGUGUGGAAGGAGAUCUGUAGAUCUUAAGUGACUAAUUUUACAAGAUAAUGUUGUAUGAGUGGAAAAUCACAUUUUAUAACAAUCAGAAUAGUUUCAUUAUUUUUAUUAAUAAUAUUUUUACAUGUUUGAUAAUCUACAGACACGCCGCUGCUCAC